CGAGGCGCAAUAACGCUUUCCUCAAAUUCCUUCUUCACUUGAUUUGACCCAGAAUCCAUGGAUUCUAAUUCCCAACAACCAGCUACAGGUGGCUCUCCACCUAAACCAUGGGAGCAAGCCGGGGGCACGGCUGGUUCCGGACCCUUUAAGCCACCGUCGCCUGGCAGCACAAGUGAUGUGGUUGAGGCAUCUGGAACAGCUAGACCAGGUGAAAUUGUUUCAACUGCUGAUGCUACUGCUGCUGUGAAUGGAAAUGCUGUUGGUAGGCCUUUACCCAACAGGCCUUGGGAGCAACAGAAUUACGGAAGCACUUAUGGAGGUUAUGGUUCUGGCUUAAACUACAACUCAGGGUAUGGUUCAUCGUAUGGCGGUGGAUUGUAUGGCAACAACAUGUAUAGAGGAGGCUAUGGUGGUCUUUACGGGAACUCUGGAAUUUACAGUGGUGGAAUGUAUGGCGGUGGUCUCAGUGGUUUUGGGGGUCCAGUGGGUGGUUAUGGGAUGGGCAUGGGUCCAUAUGGUGAGCAAGAUCCAAAUAAUCCUUUUGGUGCUCCCCCAUCCCCACCAGGCUUUUGGAUAUCCUUCCUCCGCGUGAUGCAAGGUGUUGUUAACUUCUUUGGCCGGGUAUCUAUUUUGAUAGACCAGAAUACAGAAGCAUUCCGCAUGUUGAUGACCGCCCUUCUUCAGCUUUUCGAUCGUGGGGGAAUGUUGUACGGAGAAUUGGCUAGAUUUGUGUUAAGACUGCUGGGAGUCAAAACGAAACCCCGAAAGCUUAAUCAACCAGGUCCUCCUGGACCCCAUAAUCUUCAUGGGAAUCAAAACUUUAUUGAGGGCCCAAAGUCUGCUCCAAGUGGUGCAUGGGACAAUGUAUGGGGAGAAAAUUAGUUUGACGAUCAACAAUUCGAGAUUGACCUGAAAUUCCAAAGGGCGUGGCCACAGCACAGAGGAGACAGAAACAACUACUUGCACCUGUUACUACUCUGCUUGAUGAUAUGCUCAUCUGAAGAGUGGCCAAGUUUUUUCCUGCAAGUGUCUAAAUAUAGCAAGUAUUCCGCUACUGUUAAAAAA